UGAUCCCGUGACCGCCUGCCUCUCCGAAAUUUGGGGCUCUUUUUAUGCGAUUCUUGGUUGGCGUUGCAUAAUUUGGGUUUCUGACAGUACACUUGCUUGUUGGGGGGAGCGUUGGUCUGCUUACUCUGGCCACUGUAUUAUUCGCGUUUCGUAGGAAGUCCAAGCUCUCGUGUAGGUGUUUUUAGGAAAGUGGAGUGGAUAGAAAUCAGACUCCCCUUUUGCAGGAUUUGUUGGCAUGAAGCUAAAUUCUGUGCGAAUUGUGACGGUUUCUGCUGAUUGACAGUGACAGGAAAACAGAUGCUAGUUCAUAUGGGCAGUGUCUGAUGAGGCCUUUGUUGGGUUUGAUGAGGUAAAAUUCAAGAAAAAUGCAGACACUUAAAGGAAUUCUGGGGUUGGAACUUUGGGCCCAGCAUCCUCCACUAAAAGUAGUCUAGGAUUUCUGUUGGUGUUCUGCAUGCAGUAGGUGCAAAUCUAAUGCUGAAGUAGAGCUAGUGCUAGGGAAGAAAACUGUCAUUUCUUGAAGGUAGGACUAUUCAGCACAAAUCUGAAAGAACUCGAAUGGGAGAUAACACGCCUUCCUUGACUCCAAGAGGAACUACUCUUGUAGUAUAAGCUAGAGAAAUGUUGCUUGGAGCUAAGUGAUACCGUCAUAUAACGCUAACACUUGUGUGUAAAUGGAGGAUCAUCCUGGCCAUCCUAUUUCCAACUAUGAUUUCUUGUCAGGGAAUGGUUGUCAUACGAAGAAAUUAGUUCAUAAGAACUACGACCGGAACUCCUCAUCAGCCAAGUCUGGCCGGUCACAACAAGAAGCAUCUGCAACAAGUGACUGUAGUCUAAAUGAGCAACACACCUCAAGACCCCCAUCACAAUCUGACAAUGACAAUGAUCAUGGGAAGCCCGAUCAGCACAUGGUAAAGCCGCUUUUAUCUUUGGGGAACCCAGAGACUGUUGCUCCCCCACCAAUGCUUGAUUGUAGCCAAUCAUUUGCAUAUAUUCCUUAUACUGCUGAUGCUUAUGCUGGGAUCUUUCCAGGAUAUGCCUCGCACGCUAUUGUUCAUCCCCAAUUAAAUGCUGCAACAAACUCUCGUGUGCCGCUCCCUGUUGAGCCUGCAGCAGAAGAGCCAAUGUUUGUUAAUGCAAAGCAAUACCAUGCAAUUCUUAGGAGGAGGCAGAUACGUGCUAAAUUGGAGGCCCAAAAUAAGCUGGUGAAAGCCCGGAAGCCAUACCUUCAUGAAUCUCGGCACCGCCAUGCCAUGAAGCGAGCUCGUGGAACAGGAGGGCGGUUCCUCAACACAAAGCAACUCGAGGAGCAGAAGCAGAAGCAGGCUUCAGGUGGUGCAAGCUGUACAAAGGUCCUUGGCAAGAAUACACUCCUUCAGAGUAGCUCCGCCUUCGCACCUUCGGCAUCAGCUCCCUCUAACAUGUCAAGCUUUUCAACAACCGGCAUGUUGGCUAAUCAGGAGCGCACCUGCUUCCCCUCGGUUGGCUUCCGUCCCACGGUUAGCUUCAGUGCACUGAAUGGCAACGGGAAGCUGGCCCCAAACGGCAUGCACCAGCGCGCUUCCAUGAUGAGGUAAAGCAAAGCACCCUCUGGUGCGCUGCCGGUGGCAAUUCAUCCUUGGCUUAUGAAGAUGUUCCGGAAAUGUGGUUGCAAUAUCAGCUGGACCAAGACAUGGUUAUUAGUCCUUUUGAGUUUCAUCUAGUUGAAAGCACUGGUGUGCUGAUGGAGACUGAAAUCUUCAUCACAUUUCUUUUGUGUGUACUUAUUCAAAUAAGAUGCACCCUGAUUAUCCCAGAGACCGGAGUUGGGCAUGGUUGCGAAACCAUAGGCCUAUCCUUCCUUACCCGUUGUGAAUGUAUCUGGUACUGUACUUAAGAGAUGGUUGAGCCUCAAACUUUGAUGAAUGCUGUUGCAGUUCAUCAACUUUGCAACCUUGUUUGCCUGAUUUCAGUA